AUGACAGAAUGUGGAGCAAACAGUUGGAUGACUCCAAUAUUGAAUUAUCUCAAAGAUGGGCGGUUACCAGAUGGUAGAAAAGAGUCAUUGAAGCUUAAAAGGGAGGUAGUUAGGUAUUGCGGCUCUCCCCUGCUGUUGAUCGUGAGUUUCUCCAGUCAACCAGCUGCGGGUACUACGACUGCUGCUGAAGUUGGUGCCGCAUCCGCUGCUACUCUUUCUCUCUCGAUUGCCUCCUGUGAGUGGCCACCCUCCUGCUCCACCAUUGCUGCUCCAGAAGCUACUGCUGCUGUCAACCACAACCAACCACCCCAAAAAUCCCCCGCAUGUGCUGCUGCUUCAGAACACUCGAGAACUAUUGCUAUUGCUCAACCCACGGCCAGCCACCAGCCACCAAAUCAACCAGCUGCGGGUGCUACAGCUGCUGCUGAAGUUGGUACCGCGUCUGCUGCUGCUUUUUCUCUCUCGGCUGCCUCCUGCGAGUGGCCACCCUCUUGCUCCACCAUUGCUGCUCCAGAAGCUGCUGCUGCUGUCAACCACAACAAACCACCCCAAAAAUCCCUUGCAUGUGCUGCUGCUUCAGAACACCCGAGAACUCCUACUGCUGCUCAACCCACGGCCAGCCACCAGCCACCCUAG